AUGAGAUCAGCUCUCUUCCAACCCCUCCUACCCCGCCAUACCUUUUGCUCCCCCGGCUUAAGAACUUUCUCUCUCCCUCAACGCAUUGCUACUUCAUCCACCUUUGCGACCACUCGAUUCUAUUCACAGCCAGCCAAAAUGUCUGCCAACCGAUCCCGAGUUUUCUUCGACAUCGCCUGGAAGGGCCCCGUCUUCAAGGACGGCAAGCCUACCUCUGAGAUCAAGGACCGCGUAGAGAAACCAAACAGGUACAAGUGGAAGCUCAACAGCUGCUCGUUCCUGUUUCUCUCUUGGCCUAAUCCCUCUACUGCUCCGGCCAUGCCUGCUCCGGCACUGAUUGGCUACUUCUCCCUUGCUCUUCCAAUUAUCACCGCACAGCAGACCGGUCGCAUUAACUUCACCCUGUACGACGACAUUGUCCCCAAGACCGCCGAGAACUUCCGUGCUCUCUGCACCGGCGAGAAGGGCUUCGGCUACCAGGGCUCAUCUUUCCACCGUAUCAUCCCCAACUUCAUGCUCCAGGGUGGUGACUUCACCCGCGGUAACGGUACCGGUGGUAAGUCCAUCUACGGUGAGAAGUUCGCCGAUGAGAACUUCCAGCUGAAGCACGACCGUCCCGGUCUGCUGUCCAUGGCCAAUGCCGGCCCCAACACCAACGGCUCCCAGUUCUUCAUCACCACCGUUGUCACCUCUUGGUUGAACGGCCGCCACGUCGUUUUCGGCGAGGUCGACCAGGACUGCCUGGGCAUUGUCUCUGCCCUUGAGGCCACUGGCCGUGAUGACGGCAAGGUCAAGUAUGAGCCUCGCCCUACCAUCACCGCCUCCGGUGUCCUGUAA